UUAGUUAGGAGAGUCUGAUAACCUUCUCCUUCUCUCUCUCUCUCUCUCAUCAUUCUCCGGCGACGGCGACCAGUACAGGAUGAAGACAAUCAUGGCGAGGAACCCAGGCGAUUCCUUCUCCUUCUCCAGAAGAUACUUCCACUCGAAGAUCAAGAAGCUCGAGGAGGAGGAAGACGACGACCGCGAGGAGAUUCUAGAGUGGAAGCUCCCGGAGGAGCUCGAUCUCGCAGCGCCGCCGCCGCGGCGUAAGACGGCGGUUUCAAAGCUCCGGUCGGCUCUCACGUUCGGCAUCAAGAGCCCCCUCGGCGCCAGAGUGGUCGGAACCCUGUUCGGGUUCCGCCGCGGGCGCGUGCAUUUCGCCUUCCAGGAAGACCCGCGCCUGGGCCCGGCCUUCCUGGUGGAGCUCGCCAUGCCCACCGGCGUUCUGGUCCGGGAAAUGGCUUCCGGGCCGGUCCGAAUCGCUUUGGAGUGCGAGGGGAACACAAACACAUGGGAGAAGAAUAAGAAGAAGAAGAAGGCGAAGCUUCUAGAAGAGCCCGCUUGGCGGACGUACUGUAACGGGCGGAAAUGCGGGUUCGCGGCGAGGAGAGAAUGCGGGCCGGACGAUUGGCGGGUGUUGAACUCCAUCGGCCCGAUCACAAUGGGCGCCGGAGUUUUGCCCGGAAAGGAGGACGACGGGAUCGGGCCGGACGGCGAGCUAAUGUACAUGAGGGCAAAGUAUGAACGAGUUGUGGGGUCCAGAGACUCUGAAGCUUUCUACAUGAUGAGCCCUGAUGGCCAUGGCGGUCCUGAGCUUAGCAUCUAUUUACUAAGAGCUUAAUCAAUUCUUAGAUCAUUAUAAUUAUAUAUCAAUCUCUGUUUUAAUCACUAUUUUGUUAUGCUUUAAGUUCAUAAACAAAUUUCUAAAACAAAAAAUUCUAUAAAACAUAAGAGUAAGAAUUAAUGUUGAUUAUUAUAUAUAACUUAUAAGCAGAAAUAUAUGAUUAUAGUUGUUUCAAGUAUCUUAUCUUUAGAUGGCAUGUAGUGAUCUCUCCUCUGUGUAGUGAUCUCUCCUAUGUGGGAGAUUGAGCCUCAAUGAAGGCGUUAUUGACUCUUUGUACUUCAUUAAAUUGAGAAAGUAUGUUUGAACA